UGUUACAGAGAGUUGGAGAGAAUGGCCAGAACCAAGCAGACAGCGCGCAAAUCCACCGGAGGGAAAGCUCCCCGCAAGCAGCUGGCGACCAAAGCGGCCCGCAAGAGCGCUCCGGCCACGGGCGGAGUGAAGAAGCCUCAUCGCUACAGGCCCGGCACGGUGGCUCUGCGGGAGAUCCGCCGCUACCAGAAAUCCACCGAGCUGCUGAUCCGCAAACUGCCCUUCCAGCGCCUGGUGCGAGAGAUCGCUCAGGACUUCAAGACCGACCUCCGCUUCCAGAGCUCGGCGGUGAUGGCCCUGCAGGAGGCCAGCGAGGCUUACCUGGUGGGGCUGUUUGAGGACACCAACCUGUGCGCCAUCCACGCCAAGCGGGUCACCAUCAUGCCCAAAGACAUCCAGCUGGCCCGCCGGAUCCGCGGGGAGCGCGCCUAAACGGAGCCUGGCCGGCCCUGCACAUUCACACCGAGAGAGAGGAAAAACACAACGGCUCUUUUCAGAGCCACUAAACCAUCGAGAGAGAGCGGGAAGCGAUGAGUUGCAUUACUAUUGUAAUUAUAAAUGAGAAUGUUGCUGGAAAAGCGCAGCAUCCAAACAGCAGGAGAAUCGACGUUUCGGGCAUGUGCCCUUCUUCAGGAUUCCUGGAUUCUGCCUGACCUGCGCAUUUUCAGCUCUGAUCUCCAGCCCUCACUUUCUCCUAUUGUAAUUAUACAACAAGGAAAUAAAUAGGCAAUGAGUUAUAAGCGAUAUUGACA